GACAGUCAAUAUUGCGAGUUGACGCUCAAACGAUUUGGACAUAUUCCGUUUUAGGAUAAAAACAAACGUUCCGAAAAUAACCUCCGGUAUGGAAGCUUAUGUGAUGUACAUCGCUAACAAACUACAGGAAAUACGGUUUGGAAAGCCGAAUGAAGUACGGUUUCUACAGUUCGGAGAAUUAAAAACAUGGUCAUUUUGGCGAGCUGUACUAGCGGAAUUUGUUGGGACAUUAUUGUUUGUAUUUUUGGGAUGUGCAUCAACAGUACCAUUAGAUGGAAACCCACAACCAACUAUUAAGAUUGCAUUCGCUUUUGGAAUCUCCAUAAUGGCUUUAAUUCAAAUGUUCGGACAUAUUUCUGGCGGGAAUUUUAAUCCUGCAGUAUCGUUUGGAUUAGCCGCUUGUGGAAUCAUUACACCUGUCCGAGCAGUAUUAUACACAGUAGCUCAAAGUGUUGGCGCAGUACUCGGAGGACUCAUCUUAAAAGGGGUUACCGUAUCAACAUACCACAAUAACCUUGGUGUAACAUCCAUUAAUUCUGUUUUAAACGUAGGACAGGGAUUUGGUGUGGAAGUGAUUUUAACAUUUGUUUUGGUUUUUGUUAUCAUAUCCACCAUAGAUUCAAAUAGAACCGACGCUGGUAUGGCAUCGGUAGCUAUAGGAUUAACAGUAGCAGUGCUUCAUCUUGCAGGGAUUACCUACACUGGGUCAAGUAUGAAUCCUGCCAGAUCACUUGGUAGUGCUGUGGCCUCAAAUAGUUUCAACGAUCACUGGGUUUAUUGGGUUGCUCCGAUACUUGGUGGAGUUAUUGCAGCAGCUUUAUAUAAAUUCCUUUUCUCGCCUUUCCGUAACGCAAUUCCGAUGGAUGAAGCAGUAAACGAAUUAUUGCAAGAUGGGGAUAUGAUUGUGAUUCCAAAAGAUUACUUUACUGGGCGAAGUCAACAAAAGAUUCACACUGCCAACAGUCAAUUAUAAGAUUCUAUUACUUGAUAAAAAAUCUCUUAUUUGUAUCAACAAAUAAAAUGAUAUCAGACACAUACACUGCUAAGACAUAACUGUCUAGUUGUAGGAUGUUUGCUAAUGAAAUUUAAGAUGACUUAUUUUUCUUUUCUAGUAAAAAAUAUGUAGGGAAUAUAUAGGCAAAAAUAAAGAUAUGUCCGUGAGCUUUUUUUCAAUAUCGAUAAAAGCAUUUAACAUACUAUAACUAGUGGCGGGAAAAACUAUCUGUUAAUUGCAAAUAUAUAAAGAUUUGACAUGAAUAUCGAAGUGUAGUGUAGAAAAAAUAAGAAUUGAAAAUAUCAUGUUAGAAGUGUAACAAAUGCUUCUUAUUUAUCUUUUCAAACCUUUGAGAUUUUCAUCGUUUUCAGUUUUUUGUACAGAAAAACAAGUAAACAAAUGUCUUUGAAGAAAAAGCAGAAACAUAUACUUUAUGUUCUGGUUCAAUAGAGCGACCACGUGUUAUUCUCUUUAUCAUGUUUAUGGAGUAGUUUUGGGGUUAUAUGCAUUGAAAAACAAUAAAGUGUGUAUUUAUAACAGACAAAGUGCAUUUUUACUCCUUGUUCAGAUUAGGGAAAACACCAAUCUUCGUUCUUUUUGUUGAUUAGAAAACUAUAUUUAUAUAGUUACUGAUGCAUAGCGAUAAAAGUCUGUUAAUCCAUUCAGAAGGGAUAUUCAUAAGUGUUAUUAAAUAUUAGAUAUAUUAUUGGUGCUCAUAUUUAGUUUACUAAAUAGGAGAUGAUCCGAACAAAGCUAGUCAUGAAAAAAAAAAUUAAAAUGCACUAAAAUGUAUGUUCAUAAAAACUUCAUCAUCACUUAUCACC